GGAGCCAUGGCAGGAGCAUUGGUGUGCAUUGGUGACCAGCUUAUCCUGGAAGAAGCUUACGAUGAGACCUACGUUCCCAAAGAACAAGAAAUCCAGAGUUUUGCACGGGAGAUCGGGAUUGACCCCGAGAAGGAGCCCGAGCUGAUGUGGCUGGCCAGGGAAGGCAUCGUGGCCCCGUUACCCAUGGAGUGGAAGCCCUGCCAGGACACCACUGGUGAUAUCUACUACUUCAACUUUGCCACGGGCCAGUCCACGUGGGACCACCCCUGUGAUGAUCACUACAGAGCGCUUGUUGUUCAGGAGCGAGAGAAGCUGCUGGCACGUGGCAGCCUGAAAAAGAAAGAGAAGAAGAAGGAAAAGAAAGAGAAGAAAGACAAAAAGGACAAGAAGGAAAAGCAGUCACUGAAGCAACACGCUCCCUCGGACGCCCUGCCGGUGCCCAUGCCGGUGCCCCUGGGGAGACUGGCUCCAACUGCGGCUGCUCCGGCCAGCAUCCUUCGUGGGUCGCUUCACUCGGACCUGGGCAGCUCGGUGGACUCCAGCCUUGCAGCCAACAGAGGAGCGUGGAGCCUCCAUGGGACAGCGAGCAUGUUCAAAAACCUGCACAUGGAUGUCAGCGCCCUGGGAGGUGGCUUUGACUGCGAGGAGAACAGCAGAGCAGAGGAGGGGAGCGGCGGCAGCCCGCCGAAGGAGUCUCUCAAAUCAAGACAUGCUGAAGAAGGGCGAGAGUCUUCCUUGGAUUCUGACGCUGCGUGCCCUCCGACUCCAGUUCCAGCCCUUCCCGGAGAUGCUGACAGCUGCCUGUCUGGCUCGAACGAGGAGGAGCCCGAUGGGGAGCUGGCUGAGAACGGACUGCUGGGCAAGAAAGAUGCCGAGGUGGAAGGUGACAUCUCUGCAGCUGAAGAGCUGCCAGAGUCUCUGGGGGAAAGGAGCGCAGCGGGGACGGACGUGCCCAGCGAUCCCGGGCAACCUCGAGCUGCGUCUCCGGCUGGCGGCGCUGCCGAGGCGGGCCGUGGUUCGGGAAAGCUGAGUGCCUACCUGCUUUCUGUCAAGUCAGCAGAAGCGCUUUCCGAGUCAGUGGGUGUUCCUGGGGCCACGAGCGCUCCGGGCUCCCAGCUUCUGAAGGCAUCUGAGACCAGCGGCUGUGGGGAGGACUUGCAAGUGUCUAACUGCUCGGACAGCGAGCCCGUUUGGCCUGUGGAUGUGGGUUCCCAGAGCCACCGUUCUGAGCUGCUACUGGACAUGAAGGUUCUGUCUCCUGUUUCGGCCAGCCCCCUGUACAAGGCCUGGGAGCCAGGAGCAGAGGAGGAAGAGCAGAGCAAAGCCGGUCUAGAGGAGGAAGAGCAGAGCAAAGCCAGUCUAGAGGAGGAAGAGCAGAGCAAAAGAACAAAAGCUGCUGAGAGUGAGAGGGAUCAAAGUGUUUGUGAAACACCAGGAGAGAAGUGUUUGGCAUCAGAAAAUCCCAAUGGAGAAGAGGCUGUGGCGCAGGGGCUGGAGGAGGAAUCACUGGAUAGCCUGAUCGAUGUGGAGGAGCCCGCUGCCCUGUGGAAAGUGCAACCUGAGAAGGAAAUCCAACAUGAGCAGCUCUUGAAGCAGCCUAGUGAGGAAUCUCUGGAGGGGAUAGCCAAGGAGCUGGUGACAGAGCUUGAGCAAGAGAGAAUGCAUUUAUUGCAAGCAAAGGUGGAGAAAAUUCAGCAAUUCCAGGAGGAGAUGAGGCAGCAAGAGGAGGAGGAAGCUCAGAAGCUUUGUCAGCAAAAAGAAAAAUCCCUCAGGGCUCUGAAAGAAGAUUUGGCAAAGGUUUCUGAGGAGGAAGAGCUGCGUGUCAGAAAGGAGGAAACUGAGAGACUCUCAAAGCUGCGAGCCAAAAUCACCGCAGAGACAGAGGCAGAGAAGGAGAAGAUGAGGGCAGAGCAAGAGGUGGCACUGCAGAAACUAAGAGAAGAGUGGGAGUCCCAGCAGGUGAUGGAGAAGGAGAGCCUGGAGAGGAAGUGGCAGCUUGAUUUGGAGAAAAUGAAGCUGGAAUUGGAGGAAGCUCAGCAGAGAGAAAGGACUGAGCUGGAAGAACAGAAGGAGCAAUUCCUGAGUGAGCUCAAGGAGAGAUUAGACAGGGAAAAGCAGAAGGCAGUAGAAGAGCUAGAGAAACAGUUUGCAACUGAACUCCAGCAGCUGAAAUCUGCAGCAGAGGAGAAGCAUCAUAAGGUCAUUUCCAGCCUGCAAACGCAGAUAGCAGAGGCACAGAGGAGCGAGGAGGCUCAGCUGCACGACGACUUGCAGAGAGCAGAGCAGAAAGUGCAGCAAAAAGCCUAUCGAGUAGCGGAAUACGAACACGAGCUCAGCGAGCUUAUGAGAGAGAAACGCCGGGAAGUGGAAAAAGACCACGAAAGGAAAAUGGAGAGGAUGAAAGAGGAGCACCAGGAGGUCCUGGCACGGGUUCAGGAUCAGUAUGAGGAGGAGGAGAGGAAGCGGCGAGCGGAGCUGUUGGAAGGCCUGCGAAGCGAGAUGGCACGCCUGCGACAGCUGCACGAGGCAGAGGUGAAAGCUCUGCAGGCAGAGCUGGACGAGCGGCUCGCUGCGCUGCAGCGCAGGCACAGGGAGAAGGAAAGAAAACUCCGGGAUUCGGAAAAGGAGCUAGAAAUGCGCUCGAAGAAGGUCCAAGCCAGAUCAGCGCAGCUCCUCAGCCAGGAGGAGUCUCUGAGGACGAAAAGGCAGCAGCUGCUGGAGGAGGACAGACAGACUGAGCUGGAGAGAGACAAAGCUGCUUUAGCUUCUCAGCUCUGCCUGGAGGAGAACAGGAAGGAGCAUGCCAGCCUCCUGGAGUCCAUCCGGCAACUGCGUAGGUCUCUCGAAGAGCUCCAGGACCAGAAAGCUGAGCUGGAGGCGCAGGUGGACUUGUUGCAGACCCGAAGCCAGAGGCUGCAGAAACGCAUCAGUGAGCUGGAGGCAGCUGUCAGGAGCAAACAGGAGACUUUGAAACAACUGGAGGCAGAAGAAAGCGUGGAGUCUCCAAGAAGGAAAGCUGAGCUCCAUGUUGAAGACCUGAGAGAAACUACUCAAGCUCACUUGUCCAGAGAGCCUGCUUCCCCACCCUCUCAAAGCCAGGAGGACAGUGACUUCCAGUUGGAUCAUGUCAGGAGCUACAUCUCUUCCAUGAGGAGGAGGCACAUGGCACUGAAAGCUGCAAAGCAGCAGUGGCACCAAGAUAUGCAGAAAGCACAGGAGGUGGUGCAGGAUCCUGACAGGUCCCAGCUCCUGGAGGGGAUGCGCAAGAACCUGGAGGAGGAAGAAAAGCAGCUGGACAAGAUGAGGUCAGCUAUGCGGAAAGGGCAGGUGCUGCUCAAAAAGAAAGAGGAGAAGCUGGGCCAGCUGGAGUCCUCGCUGCUGGAGGAGCUUUCAGAUGAAGAUACGCUGAAGGGUGCUGCGUGCAAGAAGAUGGUGACUUUUGAUCUCAGCAGCUCUGAGGACACAAACAGCACAUCCAGUGUAAAUCUCUGUCAGCCGAAACUUGACUUAAGAACUGAUUUCCAGCCUGUCCCCCAGCUAGAGAAGAUCCAGUGCUCUCUGCGCCAUAUCACGAGUGAGCUGAACGGGGUCCUUGGCAUCUUGGGCUCUCUGAACAACCACCAGCCCCGGCUCUUCUCCUCGACGACCCGCGACGGCGUCCCCCUUUCUACGUACGCCUCCUUGGCAGAGCUGCAGGCGGGUGGCUCCCUGCUGUCCCCCACCGGGGUGUCUCUGGACCAGUGGGCCUGGAGCACUGGCCGGAGCUCUAGCAGCUCUUUGGCAGCUGGACAGUCGGUGGACAGCGUCCUGGCGGAGAAAUGGCACAAGUAUUUCCCAGAUGGGUUCCCGUUGCUCAGUGGAAGUUCCAAGCCUCUGGACAACAAGCUGGGAUACGUGCCUGCAGAGUAA